AUGAAGAUGAAGAUGAAGAUGAAGAACAAGAGAACUUGUCUCAAAUCUAUGAAGAAGAAGAAGAAUAACAGAACUUGCAUUGCUUUGGCUCUCCGUGAUAGACCAACAUUAAAAUCAUUAUCGAUUUCCCGGAUUGAUAUAUUUGAUGCAAAUUACAUUACUUCACAUUACAUUGAUUCCUUCGUAAGUUUGAAGGGUUUGAAUUCUCUUAAGUUCAUCUCUUCUGAGAUCCCUGAUUAUUUGCUUUACUCUAUUGCAAGAGAAGGUCUUCGUUUGAAGACUUUUGUUCUUGAAGAUUGUUACUGCUAUAGUUACCAUGGAAUUUAUGAUUUAUUAUCCAAGGUUCACCGGAUACAAUAUUUGGGUCUUCAAGGGGUUGAUUUUCUAACUAAUCAUCAAUUUUCUCGAUUGUCUUUGUUUAUUCCUGAUUUGGUAUCUAUAAAUCUUAGUGAUUGUUUCAAACUCACAGAAUCAGCUUUGUUUGCGCUCAUUAAAAACUGUCAUUCACUUGCUGAGAUCACAAUUGAAAACAUAUAUAUUGACAGAGAAAGUUUAGAAAAUUCUAAUACUUUCAAAGAUUUUGAUGUCAACCCUCAACUAAAGUUUCUACACUUUACUCACAAUUCAUUUAUAAACGAUGAUAUCAUCCUAUUAUUUGCUUCCAUUUUUCCCAAUUUGCAGCUUCUUGAUUUGAGUUAUUGCUAUGACAUAUCUGAAAAAAGUAUUUGUCAAGUUCUAAGUAAAUGUGGUAAGGUUACACAUUUGAAUUUGACCAACGGUAAAAAAGUGAGACGACUUAAAAUGAACUCUCUAGUUCAUCCGUUAGAGGUGUUGAACUUAUCUGGUACAAGGGUUGAUGAUAAAACCCUCUUUGAGAUCUCAAAUAGCUGUGUUGGGCUUUUGCAACUAUUAAAUAUGUCACAAGAAAGGGAGUGUUGCGUAUGGUUGAAAAAUGCAGACAAGUGA